AUGUCAAAGUUGGACUCCUACAUGGCUCCAAUUCGAUUGAUAUGUGAGGUCUACAUUUCAUUCCCGAUGGUCAUUUUUGGGUUAGUUGGCAACAGUCUUUCUCUCCUGGCCCUAUUCAGGUACAGACAAUCUCCAGUCACCACAAUUCUCUUGAAAGCAAUCACAAUUCUCGAUACAUCGAAUUUGUUAUCGUCAACAAUUUUGCGUUCGUUUAGAUACAUCGGAAUUCCAAAUUAUGAACACUUCCACCGCUAUAUUUUCGUUUGGCUUUUUCCAGUGAACUGCAUAAUUAAGAUGGUCAGCGUUUGGUUGACGGUCCUGUUGACGAUGGAAAGGUACACCGCUAUAUGCUACCCUCUGCACGCGCAGCGCAUCUGCUCCACCAAGAGAACCAAAUGCUUCAUUUUCUUCACCACCGUCAUCGUCGUCCUUGUUUCCAUUCCAAAAUUCUUCGAGUACGAAAUUGUUCCAUUCGAUGUGAAAGACUCUGGCUUUCAACAAACUAAAAUAAUGUCAAACGUCUUUUACACUUUUGCGUUUAGAAUAAUUUUUAAUUUUUUAUUUAUUUACUUUGUUCCUUUGAUAGCAUUGAUAGUGAUGAACUUUCGAAUAUUUUUAACGCUCCGUUGGACCUCGAGACAACAUCGUUCCGCAUUCUCCAGCAACCUAUCGAGAAUCAACAGAGCCUCAUCCGUCAGCACCCACGAAUCUCUCUUUGAAGUCACCAGGUCCAUCACCACGGUGGCCGUCCUCGUCGUCAGCGUCUGCAUCGUCUGCGACAUUGCCGCCAUGAUAUCCCACGUUCUAUACAGUUUGGAACUGACCUCAAAAAGUUAUGCGUGUUCACUGUCGUUUUACAGAAGAAUAUCAUCAAACAUCAGCAACGUCUUCCUCACGUUCAGCUGCUCUGUAAACUUCCUCAUCUACUGCACAGUCAGUAGAAGGUUCAGACUGACGUUGAAAUCAAUGUUGCCCGGAGGAAUCAGCACGAUCGGCUGGCCUGCUACGGCCAUUUCCAAGCGAAGUAGUUUGGACGAUAGAACUUCAAACGCUACCACGCAGAGUGUUAGGAGAAAGUCGAAGAAGCAGUUCAGUUGUGGACGUACUAUGAAAUGCUGCUGCAAAGUCAUAAAAAGAAAUGAAGACAACGAACGAUGUACAUGA